AUGAUUGAAUGCGAACCUUCGCGGACAGGUGUCAUCGCAACUGGCGACCUAACUGCCGCUGAAAAAACAUUUACUUCAAAAAUAGAAUUCGGAUUCCCGCGCUUAAUUGCCGGCCCGCCAAUGAGCGCGCGUCGCGUGCGAGCGGGAAAACUAAAACAUAGAGCGAGAUGGAAGGUGUUGUGUUGGAGACUCCGCCCCGUUAACAAUAUGGCGGUCGUGUUGAUUGGCGGAGUGCGCGCCUCCUCCGGGAAAGCCGCGAGGGGAAAUGAAGAGGGCGGCGAGAAAAGUCGCUCCGCUGCCUCCUGUAAUGGCAACUUUAAUUAG